CUCGUAGUCUGUACUAGUAGGUUGUUUGUACUCUACAAAGAAGUUCAGUGAGCUGUUAGUGUGCCGUUCCGUUUCCACAGUCGUUAAAUUGUCUCGCCAUUAGCAAGGGAAGCAGAAUGCCCUCUGGUGCAAUGUCAAUCGAGGACUUCACAACAUUUUAUGUUGAGAAGCAGCAAGUCGGUGAUUACUAGCCAACCUUCGAUUAUAAAGAGGAAAAGUGGUCGGUUUGGGCGGUUUGACCUAAGAAUGAUUUGGGAAUUAAAUAAGACUAAAAUACUUAUAAAAGUAUCCAGCAGAAUGCGACAAACCAUUUGUGGUACGACACGGACAGAAUAUGAAUAAUUGGAAAGGACUUGCAUAACUUAAUAAAACUUUUGGAAACAUGGAGAGAGACGACAGUAAGAACUUUCCGAAGGCAGAAGAAGCACGCGCCGGCAAAGCGGAGGAAAAUUCGGGCACGAGGUGCACGGAAAACGGGUUAGAUGAGGUGCAAAUGCACCUUGCCUGCUUACCGGAGCGAUACAUGAGGGCGAAAUUUUCUCUAUCAGCAUACAUUUUUUGUUGGAUAGUCCUGAAGUUUUGCCAGUGGCGAUUAAGACUGUCUCCAGUUCGACUACAGGCACCAGUUGUUGACAACAAUGCAAAUGAGGCAUGCUACUUGGAGGAGGGCGAGUGUCAGCAAGCAGUGGGUGGAUGGAGCGGAGAAGCAGCAGCUCAGGACGUGCCGGACGUGUUCUUUGAUGCCCGAACAUGGCAUAGUGACACAUUCUCAGACUUCAGCCAUGAUGAUGGUGACCGCUCCCUCAGCUCAGGGAGCAGCUCAUGCUCUGCAGUGCACGAGGACGUGGCCUCUCCCAAGCACUGCCCUGACAGAAACUACUGCCCUUCUGGUGCAGAGAGGCAACACACAGAACCAGAUGGGCUCCAGUGGGAAGCGGAUGGAGAGUGGGGCAUUGCACAGUCACUCAUCGGCACAGAACAGGACAUGAGUGGGGUGACUUCAGGCUACACUGAACUUAUGAAUUCUUCAUCUCUCAUGAACUCAUCCAAGGAAGCUGGAAUUCCUCAUAUCUCACAGUGUAGUGCACCCGACACAACUGCCAUCUGCUUUGAGUCAAAAGAACCGAUAGAGUUGCAAGUUUUCAUGGAGCCAACUUCUAAAGACACGCUUGUGAUGCCAGAUAGAAGUGUCACGGAAGCUUGGUUAGGUGAUUCUUCUGAUUUAGUUCCUGCAAGCAGAACUGGAACAGAAUCAAAAAUGAUAAACAAUCCCAUAACUAACACUGAAGCGCAGUUGAUUUCUGAAUCAUCAAAGGUGACCUGCUCAGAACUGGACAAAACGGAGUCAUUCUCACAUGACCUUAUUCUCCCUGAUGCCGAAAUCAGCUUACACUUGUCACAGCUUGUUUCGACAGACAUGAAUGGGAUGGAAGCUGUGGGGCAGCUUGAUGAAAUGGGAGGGUCUGAGGUCUCCACAGUGGAUGAGAAAUGGUUUGUGAUGUCUGAAUGUAGUUGGCCAGAUGACUUGGAAUCAUCCAGCUUUUUGCACUCACCGGAACAUUGGAACGUACCACAGGACAUUGUUCAGCCUCUCAUGGGAAACCAAAUCUUACAGUCAUCCGAUCACUGCAUGGGCCAACCUGAGCAUCUAACAUCAUUCCAAAUGGAUGAACAGCGAUUUUUGAGGAGUGAUGCGAGUGAUGUUGUGGGUUAUAAUGAGGAACGGUUUUUGAGGACUUCACCUGUUAAUCCAGACUGUUGUCAUUAUUCAGCAGAGCUAGCUUUCUCAGGUCAGAUGGAUGCAAAAAGUUGUGUUUUGUCAGAUUUGGCAAAUAACUUUCUAGGCAACAGUGAACCCUCUUUAUACAAAGUGGGCAAGCACACCUGCACUGAUUACAGUGAAAUUCAGUGUGAGAAGGAGGGAGAGUCAGUUGAAAGGAAUUACACACAAAAUCAGCAAAAUGGUGUUCUAGAAUGUAUGGGAAUCUCUCAUGAACUUAGGUCAGAGGUCAGCUGUCACAAACAGAACUUUAACAACAAAACACAAAGUUGCAGAGAAGAGAAGGUUAUAUUAGGACAGGCCUCAAUUACUUUUACAAGCACUGAUAGUGAAGAAGUUAUUAACCCAAACACCACCCUUCUGAAUACUGCUGCAGAAAAUGACAUUUUUAAAAAUCCCAACAAACCCACUUUGAGUCCUAGCAGAGGCUGUUUGAAGGAAUUCACAGUCAUACCACAGAAAGCACAGGAAGUCAUUUAUUCUGACGGCUCUGAAUAUAGUUCCUCUCAUGUGAUUCCAUCUACACAUGAUGUGCAGUCUAGUAAAGAAGCGCACAACGUCAUUUUUGAUAGUGAUCAAAACAAUGUCAUAAACCCUUGUGUAGUGCAACAUUCAGAUCCAUUUGAAAAUUUGAAAUCUGCUGUUACAAUUAACCCCACAGACACAUGUCUUGAAUUCAGCAGUGACCUGUCCAUGAACUGUAAACAAAUAACAAAGUGUAACUUAGAUUAUUUGUCUGACAUAGAUGAGAGUUUCAGACAGAUACCAGUAUAUCCAAAACAAAGCCCGAACAAUACAUCCAGUCAGUUAAGGCAGGAAGAUUUGACUUAUUCAAACACAAAAGCCAGCGAGUCUGAGCAGGUAAUUAAGGUUUUACAUGAUGCAAGCAGUAAUUCUUGCAUGCAGACCCUGUUCCACUCAGAUUAUAAUGCCCUUAUUGCUAGCACAUCAUUACAUAACAAUGUAAUUUCAAGACCCAUAAGGGACCAUGAGUCAGACACAAACAAUAAUGUAAUGCCUAUCACCCCUGAGACACCGUGUACUUUAUUCAGCACUACCACAGAGCAGGAACACAUUAGUUUUGAUUGUGAUCAAGGGCAUUCAUUCCCAGAGGAACACAAUCAUGAUCAUGAGAGUGCCACCACUGACAGUGGAAUUUUGAACAUGACAACUCCUCCCAGACUUAUGAGCCUCCUUGACAACCACAAUAUUGCCCCUUUGGUGGAUGAUAAAAGUAUCAAAAGUCCAGUUAAUGUAGAGGCCUGUAAAAGGCACAGACGCUGCACUCAGGGGCAGUUCUGUGAUCACCUUGGUGGCCGAGAGUGCCAUCUGCACUUCUCUGCAGUAGAGGGUGAGCAGGCCGUGGGAGGCUCCUGGCUCAAGGAUGCGGACGUCACGAGCCAUGGCUGCACUGCGGAUCUCCGACACACCAUCGCCUCCCUACACACAGACAGCCUGCACAGUCAAUGCACACCAACCGCCACAGACUCACGAGGCACCGAACGUCCAUGUAGUGCUACUAGAAAUGGACCCGAACACAAGGAGCUCCUCAGUGACGAGAGCACAUUGCCUGUGAGCUAUCUUCUCAGGAUUGCCGGCACUCACAAGUUAGAAAUUGCAGAGAGAAAGCUUGAGGCAGUUCUCAGUGAUGAAUCAGCUGUGAUGCUAAAUACAGCUCAAUGUAGAGGGCUUCGGGGUGCCGAAUCUCUCUCGCUGCAGAUAGAGAGACUCUCUUUUACAGACGUUAGUGCUGGUAUGUCAUCAUUUGCCAGUCUGGAGCCUAUUAUGGAGGCGGAUCACUUUCAGGAGGGCUGGUUUUUAAUGGAGAAUCAGAGUCAGAAGGAAGUGCAACAGAUGGAAGUUUUGUCUUCUGGAGAUGAGGACAGAAUUGUUCAGGAAUGCCACUCAGCCAUGCACACUGUAUCUCACUUGUCGCAUAAUGGUUAUGUAGGUCAUGUGGAUGUGGUGCAAUCCAAUGUUCCAUUCAGUGGAGUUUUUGAUGAUGCUGAUAUACCAGAAACAGGAAAUACAGUUACCUCUCUGAUCAAUGGAAGUGACAAUAGAGAUGAGAAUAGUAUUUCCAGCUCUGUGUCUCCUGACCUGGACUCCAUGAACAGUGAACAAGAAGAAGAUAGCCCUCCGUGCCCCACCGGAGGCAGCUCCAGAGACCAAGGCUCUCUGAAUAACAAGAGUAGCCUAACAGGGAAAGGCUCAAAGUUCUCCAUGUUCUCCAGGAUUCCCUCUUUCCGCAGAGCCAAGAGAGAGAGUAAGGGUGGCAACGAGAUUGAGCCUGAGCCUAAGGUGUCACUGGAGAAUAGUGAAGAGAGGAAGGAGGCAGGGAAUCACAGCUCACCCAAACGUAACCAAGCCCACCCAUCCCUCCAAGGAGCUCAUAUGACCCACAGUACGGAUCACCUGAUGAAGUACGCUGAUCACAUCAAAGAUGACGAGUUUGAGAAAGCCUUUUCCUUCACCUGGCCUGACUUGGAGAAGAACGGACAACCCAAGUCCAUGCCCAGUGCCAGAGAAGCCUGGCAGCAGGACAGGACUGAGGACUUGCUGAAUUCAAAGACCUUCCCCACCAUGGAGUGGCUGGGCCAAAAGAAGAGCAAAAGUACUGAUAACUUAAACUUUCGUAUGAAGCUUGCCAUGGCCCACAGGUCUCUGUCGAGCUUGUUCGAGAACCGGUCCAGUGAAAAGGAGAAUCAGCAGCAGGGCCGCAAUAUGGCAACUGAGAAAGUGAAGGCCAAGCAGUCAUGGAGAAAACAGAGGUCAGUUAAGGAGGCAGAGAUACUGAAGAGAACCAUGUCUGUUCCUGAACCACUAACUGCUAAGUCAGAACAUCACCUGCGAAGUGGCUCUCCCACUGGCUUACCUCUGAAUGGACCAGAUCUCCAGGGAUUGCCCAGGUCUGAAGAAAAUUUGAAAAACACAUGGUGCUCUGGCCCACUUAGCAAAACCACUGGACCUCAAGGUGUAUCAGGGUCUGCACCUACGGGGCAGUCUUCUGAGAGCAGUCCUGCACCAACUGGACUCUCUCCAGACUCCCUGGAUAUGUUUGAGGCUGACCACAGUGACCAUCUGCAGUCUCCCAUCCACCCCACUGUUUUUGCUUUCACCAACCAGUUCUCUCCAUCCUGGGCCAGGUCGCUGGGUUCUUUCGAUGGCCUCGAUACACCGACGAGACCCAUGACUCCCAAGCCUCAAAGCCCAGGGCUGUGGGUGGACCGGAGAGGCUUACAUUACCCCUCCAGGUCAGUGGCCUCUUCCCUGUGCUCUCUGGGCCAGGGCCCAACUUUGGAGGGCCUCUCAGACCCCCUGCUGGGAUCAAAGGCUUUCAGAUCUAAAGCAGUGCAACUCGCAUCAGCACACUCCUUCGAUUCUGAUUUCUUACUGGAAGACAGCAACUCGGACAGCCAUUCCCAAACCAGCCUGGUCUCCACCAACUUUUGCAAUGAGCCUGAGAAGCAUGUGCAGGAUGGAAGUAAAGCAGUUACCCAGGCAGCUGCACGGAAGGCACAGCCUCUGGCCUGCAUGCCACCAAUGAGGAGACAAGGGCGUCGCACCCAUGGACCCCGUCCCCGCUCCGAGCUCUGUGGCUGGAGCUCAGCAAUGCAGGACACUGGAGAGGUGGCGCUAGACCUGAGAUGGAAGAGGAGCCUCCCAGAAGCCCGGCAGCGCUCCUACUCAGACGAGCUCCUUUCCGGUAUAGGGAAAGCUCGGAAGACCCAGACAAUUCUGAAGACAAAGACCAACGUGCAGAGCAGUCUUGGCCAGAUUAGUGCACAGUGUUCUGAAAAACGGGAGAAAGCUCGGCUGAGUCUCUUGUUCACUUCUCCAGAGCAUCUCUCUUCCACGUCUCUCAGAGACCAGUUCUUUUCCCAGAGCACUCCCACCGGUCUCGACUGCCUGGGUUGGCCACGUCGUGUCUCCUUCUCUGCGUUGGUCAUCACUGAUGGACCACAGGACAAGUCCAGCCUUGGGGACGAGGUGGGCAGCGAGGACGACCUGUACAACGAGUUCCGCAGCUCUACCAACCGCUUUGGUCACCCAGGGGGAGGUGGUGGCGAGCAGCUGGCCAUCAACGAGCUGAUCAGUGAUGGCAGCGUGUGUGCUGAGGCUCUAUGGGACCACGUCACCAUGGACGACCAGGAGCUGGGCUUCAAGGCCGGUGAUGUCAUCGAAGUAGUGGAUGCCACCAACAAGGAGUGGUGGUGGGGCCGGGUACUAGACAGCGAGGGCUGGUUCCCCGCCAGCUUUGUCCGGCUGCGUGUGAACCAAGAUGAACCCAUGGAUGAUUAUCUAGCCCACCUGGACGGGGUACCAGAGGGUAGUGGGGCCAGUGUGGGUCGCUCGCUGGGCCCUGGCCUACCCUGCAAGGAACAGAUGAGGGCCAAUGUCAUCAAUGAGAUCAUGAGCACAGAGAGGGAUUACAUCAAACACCUGAAGGACAUCUGUGAAGGAUAUAUCAAACAAUGCCGCAAAAGGACAGACAUGUUCAAUGAGGAACAGCUGCGGAUGAUCUUCGGCAACAUCGAUGAACUCUAUCGCUUCCAAAAGAAGUUUCUGAAAGCCUUGGAGAAAAAAUUCAACAAAGAGCAACCUCACCUCAGCGAGAUCGGGUCCUGCUUCUUAGAGAACCAAACAGAGUUUCAGAUCUACUCAGAAUAUUGCAACAACCACCCCAACGCCUGUGUGCAGUUGUCAAAAUUAAUGAAGAUCAAGAAAUACGUGUUCUUCUUUGAGGCCUGUCGCUUGCUCCAAAAGAUGAUUGACAUCUCUCUGGAUGGCUUUCUUCUCACACCUGUUCAGAAGAUCUGCAAAUAUCCUCUGCAGCUGGCUGAGCUUCUGAAAUACACAAACCCUCAGCAUAGAGAUUAUAAGGAUGUGGAGGCUGCAUUAAAUGCCAUGAAAAAUGUGGCCAGGCUGAUCAAUGAGAGAAAGCGCCGCCUGGAAAACAUUGACAAGAUUGCCCAGUGGCAGAGCGCCAUAGAAGACUGGGAGGGUGACGACAUCCUGAGUAGAAGCUCAGAUCUGAUCUUCUCAGGAGACCUGACCAAGAUCUCUCAGCCUCAGGCUAAAAACCAACAACGCAUGUUCUUCCUUUUCGAUCAUCAGCUGGUCUUCUGCAAGAAGGAUCUGCUGCGGCGGGACAUCCUAUAUUACAAGGGCCGGAUGGACAUGGAUCAGAUGGAGGUGGUGGAUGUGGAGGACGGCAAAGACAAGGACUUGAACGUGACCGUGAAGAACGCGCUAAAGUUGGUGUCGCUGGCUGGGGACGAGGUCCAUCUGCUGUGUGCUAAAAAGCCCGAGCUAAAACAGCGCUGGCUACGCGCCUUUGCGGACGAGAGGGAGCAGGUCCAGCAUGACUUUGAGACAGGGUUUUCCAUCACAGAACUGCAAAAGAAGCAGGCCAUGCAGAAUGCAUCCAAAAGCCAUCCAGCUGGGAAACCCAAAGCUGUGACCAGGCCCUACUAUGACUUGCUGCUGCGUCAGAAGCACCCAGCGCUGCCCACAUCGCUGCCCCAGCAACAGGUUAUCAUGCUGGCUGAACCCAAACGCAAGACCUCCAAUUUCUGGCACAACAUCGGACGCUUGACGCCCUUCAAAAAAUGACAGACCCCAGACUCGAGCUUGUGCCUGAAUUCAUGUUUUUAUUUCUUCUGUUUUAAUACAAAGUUUUUUUUUCCCAUUCUUUUCUUUUCAAUCAAGAAAGCACUUUAUGGGUUGGUUACAAUCACGACAUGGCUCCCGGACUGAAAAUGAGGGGGGCGGUCCAUGCUUCGUGGGUAGCACCGGGACAAUGGCUCCUCCAGCUUUGACGCUCCCGCUGUAACCGCACUUAACGGCACUAAUGCGACUACUGCUACAGAUCAUUGCGUGGGCACGCUUUGGUUCCACCUCCCCAUGUGGACUAUGGACUUCUUUACACAUUGUUUUAUUUAUUUUCAAGUUUCCAGCUAUCCACAGUGCCCAACAACUAGCUUUUGUAUGUAAUUUGAUACGUGUGACCUGUUUUAAAGUUUCAACAAUGGUUCUGCAUAACAUUGUCUUGGGUAAGCAGUCCCUAAUGAACAGAAUUAGUUUUUACUGUAUUUUUUUUGUUGUUGUUUUUUGUGAAUCUGCUGAUUAUCAUGUUGUUUUGUGUAUGCAGUUAUCAAUCUGUCCCAACUAUUUCUUCAUGAAAGCUCCUAAUUUAGCAACACACUGUUCAGUCACUGUGGUUUCAAAUGAGUGUCUCCCAUAUUUCUACUCAUUUGGUCUUCCUGCAUACUAACUGCUCCAUAAUGAACUUCUCUUCUGAAGUGCCACUCAGUACGUAACCCAGACAUUGUGAGGGGGGGGGGGGGGUUGCAUGAAUUGCUGUGAAACAACAUUAUUGGAUAUUUUCAACCCGAACAUCAAUACCAAGAGUACUCAGCCACUAUGAUAGCUAAUUGUAAAAAAAAAAA